UUAAUUAAAGGACAUAAUAAAAGACAUUCAAUAAUGUACGGAAUUUUAGACGGAAUCGCCCCUUUUUGUAUCUAUCUUGCGAUCUACGGCUUUCGCCAUUUUGUUUAUCGAUGAAUUUCUGAGAGAAUAAUAAAUAUAUCAUUCCUCAGGUGAAUUUGUAUC